AUGGAAGACCUCCAUAUAGAAGACCAUGCGAGUGACUUUCAUGCGGAAGACCACCAUAUGAAAGACCUCCAUGUGAAAGAUCAUGCGGGAGACCCUCAUGUGGAAGACCACCAUAUGGAAAACCUCUUUGUGAAAGACUAUGCGAGAGACCCCCAUGCGGGAGACCUCCGUGUGGAAGACCAUGCAGAAGACCCCCAUGCGAGAGACUACCAUAUAGAAAAUCGCCUUGUGGAAGACCAUACAGAAGACCUCUAUGCAGGAGACCCCCAUGCGGGAGACCGUAAUGUGGAAGACCAUGCUGGAGACACCUAUGCGGAAGACCACUAUGUAGAAGACCUCCACGCGGAAGACCGCCAUGCAGAUGACCUCCAUGUGGAAGAUUAUGCGAAAGACCCCUAUACGGGAGACCGCCAUGUGGAAGACCAUGCGGAAGACCGCCAUGCGGGAGAACCCCAUGUGGGAGACCAUCAUCUGAUCAGUAACUUGAAUCCCAUUAACAUUAAACGGAGACUGAGUGUCACGACCCAACUCCCACCCCACAGGAUUAGAAACGUGAUAGGUCGGUAA